AUGCAGCAGAAAUGGAAGGCCAUCGGCAAGGAUGUCCCUUGGGCUCUUGUCUUUGGUGUUCCUACCGCUGCUAUCAUGAUAUCCAGUAUGCCCCUGCCCGAUGGAUGCACUGAAGCUGUUUACAUUGAAGCUACGACGGACCAUGCGAUCGAUGUGGCGAAUUGCUGGUUCGGAUAUGUGCUCCCAGGUGACACUCACACUUGCCUUCUCUACAAGGACAACAAGAUUACCUACCGCAACAAAGCCAUUCUACCAGUCUCCAACUGCGGUCGCCUCACUAAUGAGACGACUACAUCAGCAGAGUUUAGCCAGAAUAUUGAUAACCUGGUCUUAAAUCACAAGGCUGGUUACACUAUCCAUCGGCUUGUGCUAGUCGGCGAGGACUGA